AUGGAAGAAAUUACUAAAAAUAAAACUGUUGAUAAAGAAGAAAGUAUAGAAACAAAAACAAAAAAAGAUGUUGGUACGGAAUCAGUCAAAAGUAUAGACCUCCCUAUUAAGGAGUUUCAAAAAAGUUUCAGAUUAUUAAAUGAAAACUUUAAUAUAAAAGAUUUAGAAAACGUGUUAACUCCUAUUGAAUAUGCGGAAUAUAAUUCCUUUCUUGCGUAUUCUAUUUGUUCUAUUUUUUAUUCUUACUUAAAGUUAUCUGGUGAUGUCUUAACUAAUCACCCUAUUAAAAAUGAGUUAAAAAAUGUACAAGCUUUAAUGAAAGAAAUAAAAGAAAAAGCAAAAACAAAUGUGGAAGAAAAAAGAUCAUUAACAAUUAAUAAAGAAGCAUCCAAGAGAAUUAUAGAAAGUUCGAUUUCUUAUAAUAAACAUAUAAAAAAGAACAAAAAUUGA